UGGGAUCUGACAAGAUGGCCGGGCUGCCCCGCAGGAUUAUCAAGGAAACCCAACGUUUGCUGGCAGAACCAGUUCCCGGCAUUAAAGCAGAACCAGAUGAGAGUAACGCCCGUUAUUUUCAUGUGGUCAUUGCUGGCCCCCAGGAUUCCCCCUUUGAGGGAGGGACUUUUAAACUUGAACUAUUUCUUCCAGAAGAAUACCCGAUGGCAGCACCUAAAGUACGUUUCAUGACCAAAAUUUAUCAUCCUAAUGUAGACAAGUUGGGAAGAAUAUGUUUAGAUAUUUUGAAAGAUAAGUGGUCUUCAGCACUGCAGAUCUGCACAGUUCUGCUAUCCAUCCAGGCUUUGUUAAGUGCUCCCAAUCCAGACGAUCCGUUAGCAAAUGAUGUAGCAGAGCAGUGGAAGACCAAUGAAGCCCAAGCCAUAGAAACAGCUAGAGCAUGGACUAGGCUAUAUGCCAUGAAUAAUAUUUAAAUCGAUCUGAUCAUCAAGUGUGCAUCACUUCUCCUGUUCUGCCAAGACUUCUUCCUUUUUUGUUUGCAUUUAAUGGACACAGUCUUAGAAACAUUACAGAAUAAAAGCCCAACAUCUUCAGUCCUUUGGUGAUUAAAUGCACAUUAGCAAAAAAAAAAAA